ACCAAAUAAAAAACGACGUCAUUGUGGAGCGAAAGUUUUCGAAACUCGUGGUACGAUGGGGAGCCACUUUAAAAUUAUUUAACUCAUAAAAAUGUGUAUAUUUUUCUUUUAAACACUGCGGUAGGAAGUGGAAGCUUAAACAUGGAGGGACUUGAAAUGUCUGCAAUGAUUCCCGCUCUUCAGGAGCUAGCUAGCGCCAGUGCUGCUGAGUAUGACUUAGCGGUGCAGAAACCCCGACAGAUCCUCUGCCAGUUCAUUGACAGGAUACUGACAGAUGUAGACGUUGUUGCUAUAGGUCUGAACAAAAAGUCCAGUUCAGAGCCAGCUUGUGUGAUGCUUCUGGAUUUUGUGCAACAUAUAAUCAAAUCCUCGUCUCUGAUGUUUGCUAAUCCUGCCUGUCAGCCUGCUGAGUAUCCGGACACCAUACAGAGCUGCAUUGACUUUAGUAAGUGGGUAGCAGUACGUUUACUUCGUGUGGCAGCAGCUCCAGGCUGUGGCGUGAUCCAUGGGAGGGUCUCUGCUGUGCUUUGCUCUUUACUUCACUCUUUCAGGGUCAGAGUGCCCUUCAUCUUCAGCUGCCUCAUUCAGGAAUUCAUUUUAAUGGCCCAAGACCUCAGCAACAUACUAUUUGCUCAUAUAGCAACACUAUCGGGACCAGGACAUGACCUGGGCAUUUACACCCAGAACCAGUGGCCUGUAAAGCUCGGACGUUUCCUCUUCUCUGCCUCCUCUGCCUCCUACCUUACCCAGACUCCACUUGUACUGUCAUCUCCGGCUGCCUUAGAGUCACUGACCACUGUCACUGUUGGUAUCAUAACCGACUCUCUGCGGGGAGUUGUUUCCUGUCGGGAUUUGAGUGUGACCCUGGAGACAGCCUGCUCCAUCUUGGCAAACGGGAACACCAAACUGAGGAAGAUUUCUAUGGUGAUGAUAAGAAAACUGGUGGAGCUAAGAAAAUUUGACCACAUCCAGAACUACAAUUUCUUCCCAGCCUAUUUUCACCUUCUCAAAACACACAACAGCUCAGAUGAGAAGGAACCCUAUGAAGGGGAGCUCCUCAAGCUCACCCGCUGCUUGUUUCAGUCAUCCUACAUUUCUCCCUCGGAUUUUGAGUCCGUCUACCUCUCGCAGAUGUUUGAGUGUGUCUGCGCUCUCGGAGGAGCAGGCAUUAGGUUUGGAUCAGAGCUUACUGAAUCGCUCUGCGUGCUCUUCUGCUUUUCCCUGUCUUUUGGCCCGAGUUAUGAAGGUGCUGCAGUGCUACGGAGGCAGCAGGUGGUGGGCGUCUGCAGGACGCUGGCGUCAACCAUUGGGACAGAAAAUCAAGCUGAAUGUGCAGAAGGCUUCCUAAGAGUUGCUCUGAAGGCUGAUAAAGCUACUGUGAUGCAGAAGACGGGAGAUGGAGAGUCUCCUGCCAAGAGAUCAUGCAAAUCUGGCAUCAGCGAGUUGGACAUGCGGGUUCAAAGUGAGGUUUGGGCCUCAUUGAACCGGCGCCUUGAAGAGCUCCUGGCUCUUUUGAACUCUGACUCAGCAGAACCAGAGAGCCAGCAGACGGUGUCAGCCCUACGGGGCGUGGCCCUCGUCCUCCAUCUGGCAGCCUUUUGCUCCUCGCCUGUAAGCAGUUCCUGUCCUCUGGUCUGGGUGUCCACUGAGACUAUGAGCCGAGUGCUGAGGAGCUGUAAGUCCUUGUUAGAAGGAGCGUCUCGACCCGUCUCUGAUCAGGACUACUUUAGAUCUGCUUUUCAAUCCACCAUCAGGGUUCUUGACUCCAUUCUCUACCCGACAUUGAGCCGCCAGAUUGAAGAUGGGGUACAGCGGCUUGUCUGUGCUCUGCUGUCUCUUCCUUGGGUUUGUGAAAACAAGUCAGUCUCAGCCUUUAAGAGUUCAGGGUUCCCCUCCUGGCUGCCCGCCUUGGCUCAGAGACUCAGCUUCUGUUAUUCACAUGAAGUCCAGGCAGAUUGUGUGUCGUUGCUGGCCUUUCUGCCUCAGGGUGUGUUUGAAAACUGGCGCGUCUGUGUCUUCACCAACGCACUGCGGAGUCAGGAUGAGGCGGUGAGAGCCACAGCUGUCAGAGUCUCUCCCAUCCUGCUUCAUCAUCUGGGAUCCAGAUACCGUGACAUCAUCAGCACCAUUCUGCUGUCUCUGCUGGAGGACAAGUCAGAGCAGGUAAAGGUGGAGCUCGCCAGGAUUGUUGGGCAGCUGAGCUGCAUCCAGUCGGAGCUCUCCAAGCUUAGCGACUCUGACAUAGAACCCAUGCCUCUUCCUAAAGUCCUCUGCCUUCGCUGGAGUCUUGUAACAGAUCAUGCUGGGAAUAAAACGCCAUCCCUCAAAGCAUCUGUGGUUAAACCGUUUCUAACUUUACUCAGACCACAAGCUGCAAACUCUUUUAAACUAGCAUUUCUAGAGGCUCUACCUCACCUCUGCCAGCAUGUGAGCCUACUGGGCGCAGACAGCGACUCCCGGGCUGUUCUCUGUUCCCUGCUUGGCCUCAUCGAGGACUCCGAUGCUGGGGUUAGAACAAGUUUUAGCCAAUCAGUCCGAUUUCUGCUGACAGAAUCCACGAAACACUCAGAGCAGGGAACUCUAAAUGAGCUCCUUGUUGCACGUCUAAAGGAGGCAUUCAGCAACGCUAAAGUCAGAAGAGAUGACGACCUUCGAAACACCCUCAUCCUCACCACGGGAGAGAUCGGGAGAGCCAGCCAGGGAAGUUUGGUGUCCUUCUCCUUGCUGCGUCUGCUCCAUUGCCUCCUGUCCAAGUCAUCCAGCGUUUCUGUGGCCGCUUACACUCAGAUCAGAGCGCUGGCAGAUGCCAAAGGACUGAAGCUGCAGACCCUGUUCAGCCAGUACAAGAACCCCAUUUGCCAGUUUCUGGUGGAGUCGCUACAUUCCCGCCAUGCGUCUGCCCUACGGAGCACACCAGAUCAAACCAGCGAAUCUGCCAACCAGAGAGAGCUGGCUCUGGACAUUCUGGCUCAGAUCGCGCAUGCUUUCGACUUCCCAGACCUCCAUCGCUUCCUCACCAAGACGCUCCAGGUGCUGCUGCCCUACCUGGCAUCUAAGGCGAGCACCACGGGCUCUGCCCUCAUACGUACUCUGGCCAUUGAGCUGAAGGCAAACAGGAGAGAGAUCCUCAUUAACAAUUUCAAGUACAUCUUCAGUCAUCUGGUUUGUUCAUGCACCAAGGAGGAGCUGGAGAGAGCGUUUCACUACCUACAGAGUGAGACUGAGAUUGAGCUGGGUUCUCUACUAAGACAAGACUUCCAGGGUCUUCACAAUGAGCUGCUGCUUCGCUUGGGAGAACAUUACCAACAGGUGUUCAACGGUUUGGCGAUCUUGGCCUCCUUUGCAUCCAACGAUGAUCCAUACAAGGGUCCCAGAGACAUCACCACCCCAGAGCACAUGGCAGAUUACCUGCAGCCCAAGCUGCUGGGGAUUCUGGCUUUUUUCAACAUGCAGCUGCUCAGCUCCAGCGCAGGAGAGAAGGAUCGCAAAAAAAUGGCUUUGACGAGUGUGAUAGCUCUUAUGCGCUUGAUGGGCUCUAAACACAUCAGCUCCGUCAGAGUGAAAAUGAUGACGACGCUUCGCACUGGUCUCCGUUACAGAGAGGACUUCCCCCUGCUCUGCUGCCAGACGUGGGAUUGUUUUGUGAGGAGCGUGGAGCUUUCUCACCUCGGCCCGCUCCUCAGUCAUGUUAUUGUUGCACUGCUUCCCUUGAUCCCUCUGCAGCCUAAAGAAACUGCUGCCAUCAUUCGUUUCCUCAUCCUUGACAACAGGGAAGAAGUAAAUGAUUACCUUCAUGAGAUCUACUUUCUGCCCGAGCUCCCAGAACUAAAAGACAUUCACACAGUUCUGCAGGAUUACAAAAAGCUGACUGCCAGCAGCAGCGACCUCGCCUCGGCUCUACAGCUGUCGAUGAGAGCCGUUCAGCAUGAGAACGUGGACGUGAGGAUCCAUGCUCUGACCAGCCUCAGGGACAUGAUGCACAACAAGCAGGAGUGGCUUCUGCGGCAGGUUUGUGCCAGCGAGGCGGUGGAGCCUGUCAUCUCCAGCCUGGUGUCAGUGCUGCUCAAAGGCUGCCAGGACUCAUCCCCUGAGGCCAGGCUUCUCUGUGGGGAGUGUCUGGGCGAGCUGGGGGCCAUAGACCCCGGACGUCUGGAUCUGUCUCACGCACGCAACCACGGCGACCGUAAUACCUUUGUGAGCGGGGUUGAUGAUCCCAACUUCGCCCACGAUUUGCUGACUGAGCUCAUCAGAACAUUUCUGGCCUACGCUGAUAACGUGCGAGCUCAGGACUCGGCUGCUUAUGCCAUCCAGGAGCUACUGUCUAUUUUCGAGUGUCGUGAGGGGAAAACAGACUCUCCGGGACGACGUUUGUGGAGGAGGUUCCCAGAACAGAUCCAAGAAAUCCUGGAGCCUCAUCUCAACAGCAGAUACAAGAGCAGUCAGAAGGAGGUCAACUGGUCUAAACUGAAGAAGCCUGUGUAUCUUAGCAACAGAGGCAGCAGGUUCUCUGACUGGUCUGCCACCUGGGCUGGAUACCUCAUCAGCAAGGUGAGACAUGAGCUGGCCAGCAAAGUGUUCAAAUGCUGCAGCUUCAUCAUCAAACACGACUACAAAGUCACCAUCUACCUGCUGCCUCAUAUUCUGCUCUACAUGCUGCAGAGCAGCACCCCUGCAGAGCAGCUGGAGGUGACGGAGGAGAUGCUGGCUGUGCUGACUGAAGGAGACGGCCGGGGAGAGGGCAGCGUACAGGAGACGGCCUCUAGCUUAUCGCAGCUCAGCACUCAGACCGUGUUUAGCAUGCUGUCACACCUCACACAGUGGAGCCGCCACAUCCUUUAUGCCAAACCCAAAGUCAAUGCAGAAAGUGGUGAUUAUCAGCGUGUGGUGACCUUCCUGAAGGGUAUUCCCCAGGACGUACUGGCCAAAGCCUCCCUGCGAUCUAGAGCGUACACCCGGGCGCUCAUGCACUUUGAAGCUUACAUAAUGGAAAACAAUGAGAAGAUCCAAGACCACCUCAGCUUCCUGCAGACGCUGUAUGCGGCGAUGCAUGAGCCUGACGGAGUGAGGGGGGUCAACGCUCUAAGGAGGGAGGAGCCAUCACUGAGAGAACAGAUCCUUGAACAUGAGAGCAUCGGUUUACUGCGAGAUGCCACGGCUUGCUACGACCGGGCCAUACAGCUGGAGUCAGACCAGAUUGGUCACUAUCAUGGAGUGAUGACCUCCAUGCUUGGACUGGGACAGCUGUCCACAGUCAUCACCCAGGUCAACGGCGUACUGGCCAAUAAGCAGCAGUGGAAAUCAGAGCUGAACACCUACAGAGUGGAGGCUGCCUGGAAGCUUGGGAAAUGGGACUUGUUAGAAGAUUAUUUAACUACAGACCAGCAGUCGUGUACCUGGGGCGUGCGGCUCGGACAGUUGCUGCUGUCAGCAAAUAAGCAGGAUGCAGAGAGUUUCUAUGAAAAGCUGAAACUGGUGAGGAAAGAGCAGGUCGUCCCUCUGUCAGCAGCCAGUUACGAGUGUGGAACCUACCAGAGGGGAUACGAGUACAUCGUCAGGCUCCACAUGCUCAGUGAGCUGGAGCACGCUUUCACUGAGCUGCAGAAAACAGGAGACGGCUCCGCCCCUAGCCUCACCAAGCUGCCUCCUCAUUGGUCAAAUCGACUGGAGAUGACUCAGAACUCCUUCAGGGCCAAGGAGCCGAUCCUGGCCCUGCGGCGUGCCCUGCUCAGCCUCAGACCUCAACCUGCAUGUCAGGGGCUGGUUGGAGAGUGCUGGCUGCAGAGCGCCCGGGUCGCCAGGAAGGCGGGACACCACCAGACGGCCUUCAAUGCUCUGCUCAACGCAGACGACACAAACCUGGCUGAACUGGUGACGGAGAAAGCCAAGUGGCUGUGGUCCAAGGGCGACGUGCACCAGGCCCUGAUUGUCCUCCAAAAGGGCGUGGCUCAGUGUUUCCCAGACGAUCAGCUGCUGACUGACCCUCACAACCUGCAGAUUAAAGGGAAGGCCAUGCUGCUAGUUGGCCGCUUCAUGGAGGAGACAGCGAACUUUGAGUCCAAUGCAAUCAUGAAGGCUUACAAGGAUGUGACCAACCUUCUCCCAGAGUGGGAGGAUGGGAACUUCUACCUCGCUAAGUAUUAUGACAAAGUGAUGCCAAUGGUGACGGAUAACAAGCUGGAGAAGCAGGGGAACCUGAUCCGAUACAUCGUCACAUUCUUUGGAAAAGCCCUGCAGUUUGGGAACCAGUACAUCUAUCAGGCCAUGCCUCGCAUGCUCUCCCUCUGGUUGGAUUUUGGAGCAAAAGUGUGCGAUUGUGAGAAAGCUGGACGAACAGACCGCGCAAUGCGACAGGAGCUUGGGAAGAUCAACACUGUGGUGGAAGAGCAUUGCUCUAACUUGGCUCCCUACCAGUUCCUCACUGCCUUCUCCCAGCUCAUCUCCAGGGUGUGUCACUCCAGCGAUGAUGUCUUCAAGGUGCUCAUGAAGAUCGUGGCCAAAGUGUUCCUGGCGUACCCCCAACAGGCCAUGUGGCUGAUGACGGCUGUCUCCAAGUCUUCUUACCCAAUGCGCAUGAACCGCUGCAAUCAGAUCCUUAAGAAAGCCAUCAGUCUGAAAGAGUCCCUGGAGAAAUUUAUCGGAGAUGCUAACAGACUCACCGACAAGCUGCUUGAGCUCUGCAACAAGCCGGUGGACGGUAACAGCACCACCCUUAGCAUGAGCAUUCACUUCAAGCUGCUGAAACGUCUGGUAGAGGAGCCAAGCUUCAGUCAGAUCCUCAUCCCGCUGCAGUCCGUCCUCAUCCCGACACUGCCCUCUACUGGCGGGGCGAACACACAGCAUGACGCCUUCCCCGGACACUGGGCCUACCUGGACGGCUUUGAAGACGCUGUGGAGAUUUUGGCCUCCCUGCAGAAGCCUAAGAAGAUCAGUCUGAAGGGCUCCGAUGGCCAGAGUUACACCAUGAUGUGUAAACCUAAAGACGAUCUAAGAAAAGACUGCAGGCUGAUGGAGUUUAACUGUCUCAUCAACAAGUGCCUUCGUAAAGAUGCAGAGUCGAGGCGAAGGGAGCUCCACAUCCGCACCUACGCUGUGAUUCCACUCAACGAGGAGUGCGGCAUCAUCGAGUGGGUCAACAACACUGCUGGGCUGCGACACAUCCUCACCAAACUGUACAAAGAGCGAGGUGUCCACCUGUCUGGUAAAGAGCUGAGGAAGCUGAUUUUACCCAAAACAGCUCCCUUUGAUGAAAAGCUCAGAAUCCACAAGGAGGUGCUGUGUGCCCGGCAUCCGCCCGUCUUUUAUGAGUGGUUCCUCCGAACGUUUCCCGACCCUGAAUCCUGGUACAGCAGUCGCUCUGCGUACUGCCGCUCCACUGCUGUGAUGUCCAUGGUCGGCUACAUCUUGGGACUUGGUGAUCGUCAUGGAGAAAAUAUCCUCUUUGACUCUUUUACUGGCGAAUGUGUCCACGUUGACUUUAACUGCCUCUUUAACAAGGGGGAGACAUUUGACGUUCCAGAGGUAGUACCAUUCCGACUAACCCAAAACAUGGUCCAUGCUAUGGGGCCUAUGGGUACGGAGGGCUUGUUUAGGCAAGCCUGUGAAGUCACACUGAGACUGAUGAGAGACCAGAGAGAGCCACUCAUGAGCGUGCUGAAGACUUUUCUUCAUGACCCGCUGGUUGAGUGGAGCAAACCAUCCAAAGGGCUUGUGAAAACCCAGGCCAAUGAGACAGGGGAGAUAGUUAAUGAAAAGGCCAAAACACACGUGUGUGAAAUUGAGCAACGUCUCCAAGGGGUGAUAAAGAGCCGGAAUAAAGUACUUGGUCUCCCUCUGUCAAUAGAGGGACAUGUGCACUACCUCAUCCAGGAAGCCACUGAUGACAAAUUGCUCUGCCAGAUGUAUUUGGGUUGGGGUCCAUACCUGUAAAAGGGAAGAUGCAUGUUAAGUUCAUUAUUUAAGCACCUUUUUGAUAUAUGGAGGGGAAGGGGUUCUAAAGUUAAUAUUGUUAUAUGAAAAUUCAAGUUUUUCAAAAAGAUGUUAUACAUUUGUAUUUCCUGCUCUGUAUUGUUUGUAAUAAAAGAGUUUACGGUUGGUUACUGUGA